AUGCUGAUACCCGUCUCGACGUCGCCAUCAUCCAGCCAGGGUGAAGGCGCUAUCAAGCUUUUUGUCGGACAGAUACCGCGUCAUCUCGAAGAGGACGUUCUUCGUCCUAUCUUCGAGGAAUUCGGCAAGAUUUAUGAAUUCACCGUUCUCAAGGAUAAAUACACGGGACUACACAAGGAGCGCUCGUCGAAGCCGCCCGCUGGAAAAUUCCGGACCGUCGAACGCGAAGAAUGGGAAUUCCCAUCGAGGCAGCAACGGGAGAAUUGGGCCGGGCCAAAUGAAAUUUGCAUAGUCGUUACCAGCCCGCCUUUACCGAGGGAUAGUUCCGUAGAUCCGCCCCAAGCUCUUUUGGCUCUCUCGGGAAAAAAGAUGAUUGGUACUAUGAUCCGUUUGAUUGCUUAG